AUGUUCCAUGCAACAUCGAUUGCUUCCCUUUUCCCUCUGUUCUUCGCAUUCUGCACGUCCUUCUGCCUUCAUUUCCUUCUGCCAUAUUUCUUUCCGCCGUUGCGCCUACCUUCCGCGAUUCUCCCCACCCACCCACUGCGGCUACCGCCGUCUUCCCGUGCACCGUGCGCUCCCCGCUUUUCCUUACCAGUGUGCAACCGGCAAGCCGUCGUGUACGUGACGGAGACCGGCACCGCUACCGGCUGCUGCGGAACCGCGCAGAGGCCGUGCGGUUCUCUCGACCUCGCCCUUACUAACGCGAAUCUCAAGGGAGCGACGAUCCUAUUGGUCAACGGCACCAUCCCCGUCUCCUUCUCCGCACUCUCCGCGCCCCUCGCGCUCGGCGGGUACUCCCUCACCAUAGCCGCAGGCUCCCUCUCCUCCCCCUCCCCCACGCCCCCCGGUAAAAUCACAUCCAAGCCUCUCAUCAACUGCAAGAACGGGCCGUGCCUGAGCGCCGUUUGUGCUACCAACGGGGGUGCUGCUGGUGGUGCCGCUCCUGCUGUGCCGUGCGCGCAGGCGAGUGUGACUAUACAGGGGGUCGCUGUAAUGAGCGGGCUGAACAGGCAGGCCGGAGGGGGGUGCUUGGAAGCGGCGAACCAGAAGGUGACUCUAACGAGCGUGGAUUUCGCCAGCUGCAUCGCGUACCUGAACGGUGGCGCUGUCUCCAUAACCUCAUCCAAGGAUGUGACUAUGGCGGGUGUGACUGUGUUCGAUUCAAAGGUCACCCAAGGGGGCAUCGAUGGUGGUGGCGGCGGCAUUGCCAUUUUCUCGUCCAAGGCAACACUGUCGCGUCUGGACAUUCAGUCAUGCCACGCAGACGAGAGCGUGGGGGGCGGAAUCGCCAUCUACUCCACCACCCUCUCCCUCUCCUCCUCCUCCAUCUCCGAAUGCUCCUCCCGCUUCCUCGGCGGCGGUCUCGCCUCCUCCUCCUCCACCCUCACACUCAAAUCCGUCCAAAUCACCAGCACCAAUGGCAGCUCCGGGGGUUGUUUAUCCGACGCCUCCUCUCCCUCUCUCUCUGUCCAGUCCUCCACUUUCUUCGGGUGUUUCGCCGCGUCGGCCCGCGAUUAUGCUCCUUAUAGCGACGACCCGUCGUACGGUGGCGGAUUUUUCCUUAACGGGACAGUAUCUACUGUUGUUCUAGACUCCACUAUUGAUUCUACUACGUCUGUGUAUGGUGGAGGAGGGAUCUACGCCAUGGGUACGAGCUCGAUCUCGAUCCAACGGUCCACAAUCACCCGUUGCACGAAUUACAUGGAGAGCGGGACGGGGAUUGGUGUGGAUUGCUGGAGCCUGGAAACAACAGGAAGCGUGGAGUUAAUUGAUAGUAAUAUCCUGGAUAAUACGGGGUAUGCCGCAGUUAACCUGGGUGUCGGGGUGUAUUUAUCGGACGUCAAUGCGGUGGUGCGCGGUUGCAAUAUCUCGGGGAACAACGGGCUGAUGACGGAGGGGCUUAAAGCCCAGGGAGGGGGCAUCAGCACGAACGUGUAUAACAAGCUGGACGUGACGUUUGAGCUCUCCAACUCCACAGUCAGCAACAACUGGGCGUACAUGGGCGGGGGGCUGUACGUUGCAUCGCCAGCCGUCAGCAUCAGCAACGUCACCUUUGGCUACAACUAUGCCGUUGCUUCAGGAGGCGGAGUCUACUGGCUGGACGGCGGCAGCAUGUCAAAGAGCAGAGUGGAGAGUAACGUGGGGGACAUGGGGGGGGGCGGCAUGGCAGUCAACACUAUCAACCCCAUCACUGUGGACGAUUGUGACUUUGUUGCUAACGAGGCUACUACUGGGGAGGGCGGAGGCGUGCUUAUAACGGAGGGUGAAGCCACAGACGUGACAAUCAGCAACAGCCGGUUCUCUCAGAACAAGGCGAUGGCGGCACGAGGAGGGGGUGUGUUCCACAGCGGGACCGCCCUCUCCCUCCUCUCCACCUCCUUCCAAAGCAACUCCGCUGCUAAGGGCGGCGCACUCGCUAUCGUUGGCUCUGUUCUCUCCUCCUCCUCCUCUCCCUCCGCUCCCGCCGCUCCCUCUGUCUCCACUGUCGCUACAGUAACCUCCUCCUCUUUCUCCCUCAACCAUGCUGACCUGGCGGGCGGCGCCGUCUACGCCGCCAUGACUGGCGACGCGCGAAUCACCGACUGCCAGCUGUCGCAGAACGACGCGACGACAGGUGGCGGGGUGGCACUGGAGGAGUACAGUGUGCUGGACAUGCAGAGGACGGUGUGUGACGGCAACAAGGCGAUAUCUGGGGGAGGGUGUUUGGCGCUGAUUGACUCUACGUCCGGCGUGAUUGUAAAGGGGGAGGUGAAGGGGAACGAGGGCGGGAGCGAGGGAGGGGGGGUUCGUGCGAGCGGGUCGGCGAAGUUGAGUGUAUCGGGGGUGAUUGUAGAGGGGAACAGUGCGCAAGGGGGUGGGGGGUUUGUCUGGGCUGAGAUGGAUUCUCAGGUGAACGCAUCGGGCACCACGUUCCGAAACAAUUCUGCCCGGUUUUACGGCGGAGUGAUCUACGCCGUCCAUUCGGCCAGCGUCGCUCUCACGGGAUCGGAUCUGAUCGCAAACAGCGCGGAUCUGGGCGGCGCGGCGCUGAUUGAAGGGCGGGCGGUUUUGUCCUCAUUCAACUCGUCGUUUUCUGAGAAUGCCGCCCAUGCAGUGGUGGUGAGAGGCCAGGCACAGGCAAAUUUCAUUGGUGGUAGCUUCAACAACAACACUGCUGCCAACAUCCCGUCCUCUUCCUCCUCUUCCUCCUCUGCUUCUGCUGCUGUUUCAACCAUUCCGACCACCACUGCCACCGCCACUGCCGCUGCCACUGCUACCGGAUUUUCUGACUCCGCCUAUCCUUUCUUGCCUUCUAUCCGCAUGGCUGCUGCCUUUGCGGCUGCAGUUACCUCUUCCAUCGAAUCUGCUAGCCUGGCCACCAAAGGCCUUACUGCUAGAAUCCUUGCUGCUGCUUCUCCUUCUGCUCCUGCUGCUGCCGGUGUAGCUGGAAAUGUUACCACCGGUCAAGGCGGUAACAGCACAGCAGUUGGAGCAACAGCAGCAACAGGAGGAGCAGCAACUGGAGUGGCGAGCCCUAUGGGCGACGGUGGCGCGCUCCACGUCACCGACUCCGCCAUCCUCGUUAUAAACAGCUCCACUCUCGCCGGCAACACCGGGAGCAGCGGCGGCGCCAUCUUCUCCGAUUCGCUCGCGACCGUCACAAUCAACGGCUGCGAUUUCACCUCAAACGCCGCCAGCAAGGGAGCGGGAGCCCUCGCCACAGGGAAUUCGUCCCUCUCCGUCUUCCUCUCUAACUUCACCUCGAAUGCAGCGUCGUUCGGAGGAGGCGGGCUGUUCUACGAGGGCAACUCGCAGGGAAGCAUCCUGAACUGCUCAUUUGUGGGGAACGACGCCAAGAAGGGCGGCGCGGCUGUGUACGUGGAUCGUGAGCUCCUCCGAAAAAACCCUCUCGGGGAGAUGACUGACAGCAGCAGUGGUAACAGCACAGGUGACAGCAGCAGUGGGAGCAGUGGCAGCGGGUCAUCGGUGCCCUCUCUCCCGCCGGCCGUAGCACUGAGCAACAAGCUGACGUGCACGAACGUGGUGUUUGAAGGCAACGCGGCAGUGCCCAGCCAGGGCGUGGCGUUCUUUGACACGUCCUUCUGGCCAGGGGUGCGCAUCACGUGUGCUGAUGCUGACAGCAGCAACAGGGACACCAUCGGCACCCCGCCAACAUCAUUUUCUCUCAUGUGGGAGAAGAAUGUGAUGGAAGGGGGAAACGGCAGCGAUGCCUCUGUCCCAUUCACGGUCAUGGGAGACACGCAGACGCCCAUUGUCAACAUCACCGUCACCAUCCUGGACGCCUACGGCAACGUCGCCAUCGACGACUUCUCCUCCAUCAUCGCCAUUCAGCCCGACCCAAGAAUCUCCGGCCUCCUCCGCGCCACCGCGCUCCGCGGCCGGGCGGUCCUGCCGCCCGUUUCCCUCGUCCUGCCGCCCGAAGAGGCCGCGAAUUUCACCCUCCCGAUCACCGUCAGCAGCCCGACGGACGCGUACCCGCCGAUCACCCGCGAGCUCGAAUUCGGGUUGUGCGAUCCUGGGAGCUAUUUCUCCCUGGAUGAUCUGGCUUGCCUGCCUUGCGAGGUGGGGUUCAUGUGCCCUGCGGGGCAGGGGUCAGUGGUGUGCGAGGAUGGGACGUUCAGCUUUCUUCCGGCUGCGAGCGAGUGUGCGACUUGUGCGGAUACGAUCACGAUUCACGGGGAUAACGCAAUGGAUUGCACCAAUGGGACGUGCACGAUUGCUGCGGAUUUCUGGUUGAACCCGGGGAGCGUUUACACUGACAACCCCGCGGUGUACUACUGCGACGUGUCGAACGGCUGUGCGGGCUACGAGUACACAUCCCCCAACGACUCACAGUGCGCGGAGGGGUACAAUCAGAACCGCCUCUGCUCCAUGUGCGCCCCCGGCUACUACUCGGUCAUCGGCACGUGCUACCAUCAUCGGCACGUGCUACCAGUGCACCUCCUGGAUGGAAACGCUCUUCUGGUUCUUCUUUGUGCGCGUCAUCCUGCUGUGGGUGGCGACGUGCUGAGUUUUGAGUCGACUCGAAAUUCCCCUUCUUCCUUUCCCAACUCUCUUCUCUCCCCCCCCCACCUUUCCCUUUCAUCCCUUCCGCAGCUCUUCUGGUUCUUCUUCGUGCUCGUGAUCCUGCUGUGGGUGGCGACGGCCGUCUUUUCUGACCGCUUCCACUCGGUAUCGAUGAUGAACAGUGAGCUGCAGAUCCUGGCAGUGCUGGGCUCCGUUGACCUCCAGUUCCCCGACUGGGCCAGGAAGGUGGUCGAGCUUUCAACGCUCAGCCUGUUUUCUGUGGACAUUCUCGGUCCCGACUGCAAGGUCUCCUUCCCCUUCACAUCCCCCUGGGCGCUCACCAUGAUUGUCGCUGCCAUGGGCCCUUGA